AUGGCAUCAGAUCAGCCCCAAAUGGGGAGUCCAAUCAUUGACCCUACAUCUGCACCGUCAACCCCUACCACCUACGACCAUAGAGAUUCUUUGGUAGGGACUAAAUCACACAAUUCGCGGAGUGAGUCUGUGCUUCUGCCAGAUAGUCCACUCUCAGCAACAGACUCCCUCGGAGGAGAAGUAUGGCUACCACGACUGAGUGGGGGACGCAAACGUCUCCACUACGGUGGUAGAACCCUGGCAUCAGCACAGACGGCAGGGAACCAUAUGAGCGUUGAGACUCCAAGACGUGACGCUGGUAACCCGAAUAAUCGACUGGACGAAAAUAAACCGGUACCGUCAGUGCCUCCAGCACUUCCAGUAUCCCCACCUAGAUCUAUGGCAGGUCCAAAGGCUUUGAAAAGCCUAAAUCGACAUCUGAGUAACCAUGAGAACGUCAACUACACAUGGCCUAGAAAAAGUGGCCGCAUUAAGGAUCCGGAGGAAAGCAUCAAGGAGGAAAAUGAUGACUGCGAAGAAAGUUCCCUAACUGGGUGCGAAUACGAAUCUGAUGAUCUCGCAGAAGACAUCAGCCAUGGUCUUGCGUACGGCCAUAGAAAACAACCAACCUCAACCUCCGGCCCUUCGAGUGACGAAUAUGUUCCGGUUACUGUUAACGAAUCUCUAGGGGAAAGGCCUCAAGAUCAAACAAACAACUAUCCUCAUAGCUCAUCGAUCCAUGAACCAGUCUCUAACAUCGCUGUUCCAGAGAACUUAGCAGUGACAGAGAAAGGUUCUCGAUUUAAGAUUCUUGGUAAGAAUGGGUUUUUUACGAGCUGGAAAAAAGCGACGAAGACCGUCAACUUGGAAGAGAGGAGCCUUGAAGAAAUAAUACCAAGAGAUAGACAUUAUGAAGGGUGCAUUUUAUGUCCACCCCAGCCGUCUCCACGAUCAUCUGUUACUACCACAGUUGGAGCUCAAGAGCUCUACGCACCCAGUGGACAGAACCCUGGGCCACCACCACUGACACCGCCCCCCUCCCCGCCAGGCCACAAAGAUAUCAAAGGGAAAUCUUCUGCUCCUCAAGAAUCCUUAGCUCCGACGAGCUAUAAUGUCAUGAAAGAUCUCUUGGGAAAACAUGAUAAAGUUGGACAGCCAGGCCCAAGUAACUAUUACCAGGGCACAUCGAAUAGGCGGUUUCCAUUCAAUAAUUACCCCACAUAUUUGGAUAGAUCUUCCAAUAGCUCGAACGACAGUGGUAACUUAGGCGGGCCAUCGAACCGAUUUGAUCAAGCAGAGGGGAGUGUCAAUACAGGCUCACAGUCUCUCAAUAUUCGAAUGGAAUUGUCGCCUGGUGAUAAUGAACACGCAGUGGAAAAUGAUACUGAUGACAAAUAUGAUGGAGAUCCAUACCAAGAGAGCCAAGAAGAUGCUCAUAACCGGGCUAAGGGAAUUAUUAAACGUCAUCCUUUGAGUGGCCGCCCUUCAUUUUUAGGAAAAAGGAGCUCAAGAGGUCUGAUCCGUCUCCCCGACGAUUUGGGCGAGGGCUCUCACCCCGGCACACGACGAGAUCACCAAUAUCUUGGUGCAGAUGGUAUUUACGAGAUGGUUGACAUUGAGCCUAUGUCAGCCUCUGCGAUAGCGCCAAACUUCCAUACAGAGCCUCUGAGGCCUAUUCAACACGUAAGAACAAAGGGGGUCAUCCAAACUCUUUUCAUGAGAUUCAAGCGCGAGGCAGUGCAAUAUUUGAUCGGGAACUGGAAGCUCGUAAGCGCGGUGACCGUUGUGGUUUCCGUAUUGUUGUCAAUGAUCCUGUUACUCCUUGUUAUAAUCCCUAAUAUUAUGAGGGAAAGGGCCGAUAGAGCCAUCUUUGAAGUCACAGCACUUCAUAUCAGCGAUAUUUCGUAUAAUUAUACUACGGUCACACUUGACUUCAAGGUAAUUUCAAACGCGGGAAUACGAGUAAAUAUCAAUCCCGCAUCGUUCAGUUUAGAGUCCGAUAACGACUACAAUUACGAAUUUUACCAUUCAAAGAAAGAAGAUAGUAAAAAUAAAUCCGAAUUAUACAGGGGCCAUAAAUACACGCCCAUAGGAGAUCUUUAUUUACACAAAGACCUCAGUUUCUCUAAAGGCAAUGGGAAUAUGAUCCUUACAUCAGAAGCAGGUGAUGAUGAUCAUGAAAGCAACGAUAAUCACGAUAUCACAAAGCCUGGCUUCUGGAGACCUGAGGACAUGGUUGAAAUAUUGGUCUGGGGGGCUUAUAAUAAUGAGACAGGAAUGCGCUCAGUCAUUCAAGGCGAUGUUCGCGUACAGGCCCGAGGAUUUGCAACUUGGGUAGAUAUACAGAAAAAAAUUGAUAUUUACUCCAUGGGUGGGUUUCAAGACCUUAAGAUCGACUCAUACAAAUUUCUUCAGCCUCAGAAGGGGUUUAUUGGUGCUAAUAUUUCUUGGUUUAACCCGUCUGUCGUGACAAUGGAUAUGGGAACUGUGAAUUUCGACCUUUUUCUCGGCGACCUCCCAAUUGGCGAUGCCAAAAUUUCUUCAAUGAAAAUAUUUCCUGGAUAUAAUCAUGCGCAUCUUUCAUCUUCGCUCUUUGAUAGAGAUAUCUUUCGAAGCAAUAAAACCCUCCUUGGAGAAUUGAUUUCUUCAAUUACUUUGGAGGAGGUUGGACCAACCAGGGAGAAACUUUUACAUCUAAACGGAAAAAAUACAACUGUUGAUGGCACUGGUAUCGGAUGGUUACAACCGAUUAUCCAGCUCUUCGACAAAGAUCUACCAGUGGCUAUGAAUGAGCAGAUUUUCAGUACCUUCAACACCAGUAUACUCCUAACAAUGACUCCGGAUGGAAAGACAAAAUUAAAACGGGGUAGCAUCGAGUGCAAGUUAAAAUUACCUUUCGAGUCUGAAGAUUUCCUCAUUACUGUUCGGGGUGUAGGCUACUUUCUGGAUAUCUCAUUGCCCCCCAAUGACGCAGGCUCAAAUAGUAGCAUCAUCGAAGAAAAUGUUCUUAAAACCGUUUUUAUGCCUGAUUUUAUCAAAGCAGAAACGUUGUCCCUCAAGGUUAGCGGCAGCAUGGCUGCUGACCUGGAAACCCCAUAUGGAGAAGGGAGGAUUUCUGGGAUCAAGGUUGAAAAUCAUAUCUGGCAAAUGAAGGGCCUUCAUGGUCUCGAUGGUGGCGGUAAAAGUAAGGUGAUAAUCUCGAACGAGACAGUGAUAGGAAAUAUUUGGACCAUCACAUUGCAAAUACAGAACCCGUCUGAUAUGUUUGUGGACUUUGGGGAUACUGUGUUCGACGUUGUCCAAAAAAAGAAUUCAACCGGAUGUAUUGGAACCAUCAGUGUCGAGAAAUUGACCUUGGAUUAUGGAUCCAAUAAUGUCACGGGAAACUUUGACCUUACCGCCCCCCAUUGCAAUGCCUCAGAACUGGCAGAAUUUCUUUCCAACUUCAUGACUGGUGGUCAAAAUGACCUGAAUCUACGUACGACAUCCAGCCACGAAGUCAUGGGAUUUACUGGACUUGAAGUUGGAGCCGAAUGGGUUUCUCCAAGCUACCGUCUAUUUGAUUCUAUCGAUCUGAUUAUCGGUGAACACAACGUGAUGGCUAAAAUUAGUCUCAAAAACCCAUUUGACGUAGUUCUCACCUUGGAUUCUGUUGAUAUGGAGUUAGUGCUUGCAGACGGGGUUAUUGCUGCCAUCACUAGCCAGGAGCAUUCUAAAGAAACGGUUAUGGGAGGACAGUCCGCCACUUUAUCUGGGAUUCCAUUGAUCCCUGUAACUUCUAUCCAGGGACUGGUCGAAACGUUUCAGAAGGAACUGUUAAGUGAAACAUCAGAAUUGAUGGCGAUCACCGCCAGUGGGAAAAUACGUUUGCUGUUGGCAGAUUAUGAGGUACCGCUGAUGAAUUACAAACAAGAGAAUGUUGAAGUAAAACUGAGAUGGGAGGGUUGA